CGCGUCCUCAGUUUACACGAGAUACAGGUCCCCCAGCUACAACGAGCUAUCUCUCUGAAGUCCUUGAACAGAAGAUAUUCCUCAUUCUCUAUCCCGGCCGAAUCUCACGAGCUUGUCCUAGGAAUCCGCUUGUUUAGUAGUACACCAGCCAUUCCCGAACUUUACUCCACCCAUUCCGCACAUCAUGGAGGUUCUACUGGGUAUAACAGGCAAAGACUUCACCAUCAUCGCCGCCUCUAAAGCCGCCAUGCGAGGCGCCACCAUCCUCAAAGCCACAGACGACAAGACACGGGAAUUGAACUCACAUACUCUCAUGGCCUUCUCCGGCGAAGCUGGUGAUACAGUUCAAUUCGCCGAAUUCAUCCAAGCCAACGUGCAGCUGUACUCCAUGCGCAAUGGCAUGGAGCUCUCACCUUCAGCCACGGCAAACUUCGUUCGGGGAGAAUUGGCUAGGUCGCUGCGGUCAAGGAGACCCUACACUGUGAACCUGCUUCUGGGCGGCUAUGACAAGAUUGCGGACAAGCCUACGCUGUACUGGAUCGACUAUCUGGCGAGCUUGGCUCCCGUACCAUAUGCUGCGCAUGGAUACGCUCAGUACUACUGCCUCUCCCUCCUGGACAAGCACCACCACCCCGAUAUCGACUUCGAGCAGGGCAUGAAGAUUCUACGGAUGUGCACAGAAGAGCUAAAGCGACGACUUCCGAUCGAUUUCAAGGGCGUUACGGUCAAGGUUAUAACAAAGGAUGGCGUGCGGGAGCAGGAGUACGAAGACGAUGUGAAGGUCGUCGUCCCAUGAUCUGCGAGCGGGUCUACAUCUUGAUGGCAUAUUGGAGUUUGGAACACUAGAAAUGUGUGUACAGGAGGAGGAGCGCGAUUUCGGCAUUCCAAAUAAGGCUUCAUAGAUCCCGCUCAUGACCUGGGACUAGUCGCAAGCAAUAAACCAUGCAAUGACAGACUCUCUGGCCUCCAAACGUAUUCAAGAGAACAGGAGAAUGUUCA